GAGUAUGAAAAAAAUAUAUUAUAUGCAGAGUGAGAGUUCGCCAACUCCAUCUCCAAAGCACUGAUCUGAAACUCUGUUUUUUUUUUUUUACUUUCUGAAAUGGGUUUUUCUUCAUCAUGUUCUUUGUUUAAACACCAUUUAAUUAUUAGCUUCAUCAUUAACUUAGCCAUCAUCACAAUCUCACAUGUCAAUGGAUGCUUUACAUCAAUCUUCAGCUUUGGUGAUUCCUUAACUGAUACUGGCAACUUACUUCAACUUUCACUUUCAGAAUCAAAAAAACUUUCCCACUUUGAUUUUCCUCCUUAUGGAAGAACCUUCUUUGAUUAUCCAACUGGGAGAUGCUCUGAUGGGCGCUUGGUUAUAGAUUUCAUUGCUGAAGAAUUCGGACUUCCAUUUUUACCACCAUAUUUUGGAGGUGAAAAUGGAAAACCCAGAAACUUAGAGAAUGGUGUGAACUUUGCUGUAGUGGGUGCUACAGCACUUGAUGAUGUGUUUUUCAAGGAAAGAGGAAUCCAUAAUCCCUCCACAAAUGUUUCUUUGGGAGUUGAAUUGGGAUUUUUCAAGGAUGUUUUGCCUUCUCUUUGUUCAUCUUCUUCAGAUUGUAAAGAAUUCCUGAAGAAGUCGUUAAUAGUGAUGGGAGAGAUAGGAGGAAAUGAUUACAAUUAUGCAUUCCUUCAAGGCAAAAGCACUGAGGAGAUUCUACACUUUGUUCCUCUUGUUGUUGAUACCAUUGCUUCAGCAAUCAUGGAGUUGAUAGGGCUAGGGGCGGUCACAAUUUUGGUCCCUGGAAACCUUCCAAUUGGAUGCUCCCCAGCAUAUCUCACAUACUUUCAUGGUUCCGAUAUGGCAGAUUAUGAUCCUUUAACUGGUUGCAUAACAUGGCUGAACCAAUUCUCCGAGUUUCACAACGAACAGCUUCAGAAAAAGCUCGAUCAGAUUCGCAAGCUUCAUCGAAAUGUCAACAUCAUUUACGCAGAUUAUUACAACAUUGCAAUGCGUUUCUACCAUUCCCGGAAUCAGUUUGGAUUUACUGAAACACUUAGAGCAUGUUGUGGAGGGGGAGGUCGAUACAAUUACAGUUCAUCAAUGGCAUGCGGGGAUCCGCCAUUAACGACAAGCUGCAAGGACCCUUCUUCACAUGUGAGUUGGGAUGGUUUACAUUAUACUGAGGCAACUUACAGAUGGAUUUCAAAGGGUGUUUUAGAAGAAUUAUAUGCUAUUCCUUACACAAAUAGCUUGUGUUUUCCAUCUACCGUCGGCAAACAAAUUUAUUAAAAAUAAAUUCAUAAAAAAAGGGUUUAAUCUAGUGUUUAUCUUUAUGAAUCUUGUUGGAAUGCUAAUAUAUCUGUUCUUUUUGAUACAAUACUUAAAA